AAUUGUGACACUUUUUUGGUGAGUCCUGUCCUCGUCACCCAGUUCGCAUGUCAUUGUCAUGGUUACAAAAAUGCUGAAAUUUUGGGCAAUCACACUUCUUGGAGGAGCCUAUUGCACGGCCGCUACGGCUACAGGUUUCAAGUAUCUCGGCUCUACAGCAUUGUCGACUUAUACAAUUAGCGAGGCUACAAGCAAUUGGAAUGGAGCCUUGGUCGCAUGUAAUCAAACCGACAUGAGGCUUCUUUCUGUCGAGACUGCCCAAGAAAAUCUUGAAGUUCGACUUUUCAUGGUGAAAAAUGACGCUGAAUUUACAGUAUGGACCUCAGCCGCGUACAACCCUGCCCUGACAAAGUACAUCUGGGCACCGACCGGAGAGGAUGUCAAUGUUGGCGAGUUGAACGAAUGGGAAGCUGGGCACCCGAUGAAUUUAACCGGAUACGCUGCUACCGUUACCAAUGACGUUUUCAAACCGACAUCCACGUGGUCCAGUAGUCUCCGAGGAACUUUGUUACGUUACGUUUGUGAAGGAGACAAUCCUGUGACGACCACGACCGAUUCGACUGCCACGACUGAAGAAACCACCGCGACAACCGAAGCAACCACGACCGACCCGACUGCUACGACCGAAGUAGUGACCACAACCACACCACCAACGACCACAUUAGCCCCCACCUCGUCUCCUACGGGUUCAGUAACCACUCUCGAUCCCAUCGACUGGGUUUGUCCGGACGGCUAUACCGGUAACAUUGGUCACCGUACAACUGCUCGCUCUACUACACAUGUGACCCAGAUACCACGCCAAUCUUAAAAUUGUGUGGCGGGGGAUACUUUUUUGAUUCGUGGGAGAGGUUUGCUUGCCGGAUACCGUUCGAAGUACCGAUGUGCAGUUCGGGAGUCCCACCGACAGGAUCGCCACGACCGCCCACAACUUCACCAGGAAGCACAUUGAAGGAUCCCAUCGACUGGGUUUGUCCGGACGGCUAUGCCGGAAACAUUGGUCACCCAUUCAACUGCUCGCUUUAUUACACUUGUGCCCCACCAGCCACUCCAGUUUUAGAAAUAUGCGGUGGGGGAUACUUUUUUGAUUCGUGGGACAGGUUUGCUUGCCGAAUACCGUUUGAAGUGUCCAUGUGCAGCCCGAGUGGAAUACCACCGACGGGGUCGCCACCCACGCGGUCAGCAUUGUUUUAAGGAUAUUUUAUGAUUGCGACGAAUUUAAAUUUUGUGCUAAAUAAAAAUUAUUGUUCAAACCAAAA